AUGAAUCCAGAUCGAUCCAGGAAGCUGGCGCUCGACACUGAAGGAGGAGGAGGAGGAGGAGGGUGGAGCCUCCGUCAUGCCGUCCCAGUCCUCCUGCUGUGGAUGAGUCUGCACAGACACGUGCUGGGCUGCAGCUCCACCGACUGUAACGUGGUACUGACGGAGGUCCAGGGGGAGUUCACGUCGCCCUGCUAUCCCCAGAAAUACCCCAAUUCGCAGGCCUGUAAGUGGACCAUGCAGGCCCCCGCCGGCUUCAUCAUCCAGCUCUCCUUCCUUGACUUUGACCUGGAGGAGGCGCCGGGCUGCAUCUACGACCGGGUGCUGGUGAACACGGGAAACACGGAUGUUAAGUUCUGUGGCCCGACGGCCAGCGGGCUGACGCUCAACUCCACGGGGAACGUGAUGGAGCUGCACUUUACCUCCGACUUCAGCGUGCAGAAGAGGGGGUUCAGUGUUAGCUUCCGACACGUUGCCGUGGCCCUGAGGAACCAGAAGGUCACCCUCUCCAAAGGAAACCGGUUCAUCGAGGUCUCGGACUCCGUUUCCUUCCCGGCGCUCAGUCAGCUGACGCUCUGUUUCGAGGUGCAACGCAGCAGCCAACAGCAGAAAGAGUGGAUCUUCAAUUACUACGACAGCAGCGGCAUCGAGGUGCUGAGUCUGGGCUCCGAUCAGUCCGGCAUGAAGGUGAUCGUGGACGGGGUGGUGUGCCCCAUCGACUCCAUCAUCUCCUCCGCCGACUUCACCUCCUCCAUGAGGCCUUACUGUGUCCUCUGGACUUCCUCCAACGGCCGAGUGGGAGUCUACUUCAAUGGAAACUACUGGGCCAAGACCUGCUCCUCCUCCAGCGGCCACUCGGUGCCCCCUGGUGGACAGUUCAAGUUAGGAGGGCCGCACAGCUUCAACGGGAACAUCUACAACCUCCGGCUGUGGGAUUACGCCAUGACGGUGCAGCAGCUCGGCGCUCUGAGCUGCGGCGCCGUGGGGAACGUCAUCGACUGGGACAACGGCCACUGGACCAUCCCGUCCGGCUCGGCCCAGACCGACACGGCGCUCAGCUGCAGUGUCUCCCCGCCCAACAACACCCCGCCCACCACCAGCUGUGACUCCCCUGGACUGGGCUGCCCAGUCGCCAUGCCGACCUUCUCCUGUCACAUGCGUCACCACCUGAAGACAGUCGCGACAAUUACAUCUCUGUGUUGGCUGAGUCUCCGUCUGAGAGGAAGCCGCCACUCCAGCAGUCCUGCUGUAGACCUGGACCAGGACCUGGUCCUGGUCCAGGUCUACCUGCACCUGUCCAGGUUCUGCACCUGUCCAGCCGCUUCCUCUCCCACCACCCAAUCCACUGACUCCCCUAACACCGCCCACGCUACUAAUGCCGCCACCCACGUUACACCCACCACCACUACACCCACCACCACUACACCCACCACCGCCAGCACUGCUCACCCUGCAUCUCCUGCCACUAACGUUGCUUCAGCCAGCAGUGCACCACAUGCCCAACAGGCAGCCAGCAGCCCACCAGCUGUUUCCUCUGCUCCCACUAACCACCCAGCUACUAACCCAACAGCGCAUGUCACAACUCCUCCAGUGCUGUUAGGAACUAACCAGCCAACCACUAACAUAGCUGCUUCUCCAGAUUCCUCUGUGGAGGGGUUGUUCUACCGGGUUUCCUUUGUGCUGGAUGAGGGCGGUGCGGCGCUGACCCAGGCUGAUGUGGAGAAAGCCGUGGCUCUGUGGCUCAAUCAAACGUUUCAGAACUGGACCCAUGCGGUCUACGUGGACUCCAUCAGUGUGCAGUCUGGUUUGCAGAGCGGAGGAAACCCAACCAGCUACUCGUGUCGGGCGCUGCUGGUUUAUAAGGACGUCACCAACGACAGUCUGGGGGCCGCUGUGUCGGCCCGGCUGUCCGGCAGCGAGGGGCUCCUGGGGGCCGGCCUGCAGGUCCACGGGGCCUCCACGGAGGUCUCUUUAAUAGAAAACUGUCCCGAGGAAAACCCGCUCCACUACCGCUGGCCUGAGAGCAGACCCUCCGUCACCCGGUCCCUACCCUGCUUCCCCAACAAGGACCAGAGCACCUCCAGGACCUGUUUGAUCCGCCCCCAGGAGCUCUCCUCCUAUUGGUCCACGGCAGACAUCACGAACUGCACCGACAUCGAAGCCAUCGAGGUGUCGGCAGAAAAUGCAGCGGAGGUGGCGGUUCAGCUCGCGGUCAUCACCAACAACGAGCUGUCCAAUGAGGAGGUGUCCAAAGUGGUGACGAAGGUGAAGCAGCUGGUGAACGUGGCGAAGAUCAACAGCACGCUGGCGUCCACCGUCGUCAUCAUCAUCUCCAACGUCAUGAGCAGCUCAGGGACGGCGCUCGCCGCCACCUCGGAGAAAGCUCUGAAGACAGUUGAUGAGUUGGUUCAGAAGAUCGAGUUUGAGGGUCCGUCGAUCAGUAUCACCUCCAGACACCUGGCGGUGGGGAUCUCCACCCUCAACACCUCCAUGUUCAACGGGACGUCCUUCACCGCCUUCAUAGCUCCAAACACCACCGACCCACAGAUUGACUUCCAGGCCGAGAGGAGUAACCCUCUAGCUCAGGUGGUCCUUCCUGCGUCUCUGCUGUCCAGCGCGUCCCUGAGUGAAGAAGACCGCUCGUCUCUGUCCCGGAUCAGCUUCAUGUUCUUCAGCAGCACAAACCUGUUCCAGAAGCAGCAGGACGGCCGCUCUCUGAACAGCUACGUGGUGGCGAGCAGCGUGGGGAACUUGUCCAUCAGAGACCUGACGGACCCGGUGGAGAUCCAGAUCGCUCACUUGUCUGAACACAGCCACCUGAAUCCCGUCUGCAUGUUCUGGGACUUCAGCAUGAACGGUGGUGCUGGAGGCUGGAGCGGAGACGGCUGCAGAGCCUCCACAGAGUCCACCAGCAACAGGACCGUCUGUCUGUGUGACCACCUGACGCACUUUGGCAUCCUCAUGGACAUUUCUGGAGCGUCGCCCCACAUCGACCCGAAGAACAACAAGAUCCUGACCUUCAUCUCCUACAUCGGCUGCGGCGUCUCCGCCAUCUUCUCCGCCGCCACGCUGCUCACCUACAUCGCCUUCGAGAAACUGCGGCGCGACUACCCGUCCAAGAUCCUGAUGAACCUCAGCACGUCCUUGUUGUUCCUCAACAUGGUCUUCCUAUUGGAUGGCUGGCUGGCCAGUCUGGGAACCGAUUGGCUGUGCCUGUCCGUGGCCGUCUUCCUGCACUACUUCCUGCUCACCACCUUCACCUGGAUGGGGUUGGAGUCCAUCCACAUGUACAUCGCUCUGGUCAAAGUCUUCAACACCUACAUCCGCCGAUACAUCCUCAAGUUCUGCAUCGUGGGAUGGGGACUCCCUGCGGUGUUGGUGGGGAUCGUUGUCGCGGUGGAUAAAACCUCUUACGGUCUGCAGGAGUACGGCAAAGGAGAGUCAGGAGAGUCCUCAGAGUUCUGCUGGAUCCAGGACUCCGUGGUCUUCUACACAACCUGUGUGUGUUACUUUUGUGUGGUGUUCCUGUUGAACGUGGCCAUGUUCAUCGUGGUGAUGCUGCAGAUCUGCGGCCGCAACGGCAAACGCAGCAACCGCACACUGAGGGAGGAGGUCCUACGCAACCUGCGCAGCGUGGUCAGCCUCACCUUCCUGCUGGGCAUGACGUGGGGCUUCGCUCUGUUCGCCUGGGGGCCCGUCAGCCUCGCCUUCAUGUACCUGUUCGCCAUCUUCAACUCGCUGCAAGGUCUCUUCAUUUUUAUCUUCCACUGCGCUUUGAAAGAAAACGUCCAGAAACAGUGGAGACGAUAUCUGUGCUGCGGACGCUUCAGACUGUCAGACAACUCAGACUGGAGUAAGACGGCCACCAACACCAAGAAGGUGAGCUCGGACCACCUGGGCAAGUCUCUGUCCUCCAGCUCCUUCGGCUCCACCACCGCCAACUGGACGUCCAAAGCUAAAGCUACGCUAAACCCCUUCACCAGGAGACACAGCAGCACAGAUAAAUGUUUUCCCAACAAGACCAGCAUCCCCAAGUGCGUCUCCUCGUGCUCCUCGUCAUCAGAGGUGGAGCCCAACACCUCGUCCUCCUCGUCCUCCUCGUCCUCCUCGUCCUCCUCGUCCUCCAUGCUCCCCGUCGGCCAGAUGAUCGACAAGGUGAGAGGCUACUGCUACAAGAACGUCAUCCUGUCCGACAGCUUCGCCCACAGCACCAGGUUCUAGAGCGGUUCUGGAGGAGCUGCCCGAUUCGUUCUAGAAAAUGUUGCGCCAUCAUCAUCAUCUUCAUCAUCAUCUUCUUCUUCCGGGCAGCUUCAGUGGCGGUUAAAGGUUCCCACAUGACGCAGAACACUGGAACCUGCCUCGCCGUUCCGGGACUGCUCGCCAUUUUAUUUACGGCUUUGCUUUUCGUUCUGGAAAGGCGCACGAACACUCGAGAACCUUCUGUGUUCUUGAGGAUUCUGUGUUCUAGGCCUCCUAGAACUGUGAUGUGUUCUGGAACUGCUCCGAUCCUCCUAGAACUCUUUCUACAGGAUCUUAGAAUUAUAAUGAUGUGUUCACUCCAAACGUAAAUGUAACUUUUGAUCUAGAAGCUGUUCUAGGAGAUGUUCUAGAAGGUGUUCUAGGAGGUGUUCUACAAGCUGUUCUAGAAGGUGUUCUCCCCGCUGUGUCUCUCUGGUCACCAAGAAUGUCGGCAUCCUCACGUGCCUCUGGAGCUUUAAAGUCAGAAUCCCUGUUGCUAUUUUUAUGGUAUUUAUUUAUGUUAAACAUUGUUAGCAGAACCAGUUUUUAACUGUGAUUUUAAUCUGACUGAUUCAAGGUUCUAUUUGUUUAUGUCGUCAUGAAUAUUCAUGAAGCAGGUUGUGUGUCAGAACACUAACAGGCUACAUCAUUUAAACCAGAGCCUCCGACCUCAUGCUGUCGGCCAAUCGGACUCUUUCUACAAAAUGUCCCACAUUAAAAUUCAAAUCCCGGGUCUCCUGGAUCAUGAAGGGUCAGAACGUUGAUUUGAUUCUAUUGGUUCACAGAAUACGACCCGGCUGUCUGGGGGGGGUGGUUCUGCUAGAAGAAAAAAGAAGGUUUGGGUGUUUUUUUCAUACUGUGAUGUUUGUUUAAACAGUUCCUUUGUCCAUUAGGAGCCAUAUCCCAUGUAAAUAUUGGUGGUUUAUCUAUUCUGUGUGCCGUAUUCUAUACUGUUAUAUUGUUAUGAUGUAUCCGGGUGGUUCAUGGCUCCACCGGCUCGGUCCAUACAAACCCAAACACGCUGGCUGGACCUCUUCAGCUGCCGUGGAUGGAACAGAAGAAUCGUUGGUCAGGAGGCUUUUUGUGUAACUCUCAAUCCAAAUUUAGAUUUUCAGAACAUAUUUAAAUCCUUUCAUAUACUGCAUUCUAUCAUGAAAAACAAGCGAAAUGCCGACAUUGACACAUAACUCUAAACGUGUCCAGACACAAACGUUCGCGACAAACCAGAGUUUCAAAAAUCACACACAAGGUUUAUUGAAGGUAUAUAACAUAUUUACCUCCUUCUGCUUUAGAUAAGAUAAUAAUAACCAAGCUUGUGGAUCAAUAAAGAUGAUAUUAUCACUUUAAAUACUCGGUCCAUCCACAACUCAUAAACACAAGGAGGGAUAGAAUGUCACUUAUAUGUUUCAAAUUAUCAGAAGAAAAGGCAUUUGAAAAACAGUUUUCAUAACGAGUUAUUAUUUUAUGAUUGUGGCACCACAAGUGAAAUGUUUAGGUCUCUAAAGGAGUGGAAAUGAAAACUAACUUCUGUCCCCAUUAUUUCAUACUUCAUAUGCUGCCAUGAAAGUCACACAUUUAAACUUCAAACCAGCCUGUUAACAAGACACAUUAUUGAUUGAUUAUUUUUAAUGAAGCCAGAAAGGAACGAAACAGCUCUUAACAAUAACAAAACUGCAUUAUGAAUCAGGCCGUGAGGAACACCUGUUUUGUUGUGGAUUACGUUUGCUUUUGUCGAAUCACAAAUAAGAACAGCCAGCAGCCUGAUUCUCACUUCCCAUGAAGUUCACCACGCCUUUCAAACUGGGUCAACGGUUCCACCUGCGACGGGAAUCCAGGAGAACGUCGUUAAGAAUGCAGUUUGGUGGUUUGGGAACCUCAUUUUGUCAACUAGAGAGCUCUUGAAGUUCUGCUGUGCGAAGUGUGGACAAGAUCUUCCUCCAGUUAUUAGCAGAUCGGUCCGUGUAGAGCGUCUAGUCGUCAAUCCAAUCCAAUCCAAUCCAAUGCAAUCCAAUCCAA